AUGAUUCCCCCAGGGGAGCACUAUCUACGCAGGGCUAACAACCCUGCCUUAGAAAAUAAUAUUGUUCAGGAUCUAUCAAUAAACUUGCCUCGGAACCGUGGAGCUUUGGAAAAUAAGACAAGAAAAUGGAAAAACGGCUUAUCUUUUGGAACAUGGAACAUCCGCACACUUUUUAAACCUGGAGCAGUACAAUGCUUAGUUGAGGAGACGGAGAGGUAUGGGCUAGGAGUGGUGGCCCUACAAGAGAUAAGGUGGAACGAUAACGGAACUCUAGAUAUUCAAGACACAACGAUCUUUUAUGGCGAAUGUAAUAAACAUCGUCAAUUUGGAACAGGCUUUGCAGUACAUAAAUACUUAGUACCAUCAGUAAGGGAAUUCAAAAGCAUUAACCCAAGGAUAUCAGUACUAACAUUAAAAGCACAUUUUUUCGAUAUUACAUUCGUGAAUGGGCAUGCACCCACAGAAGAAAAAACACAAGAGGAGAAGGACGAAUUCUACGAUAAUUUGGAACACACGCUAAAUGAAAUCCCACGAAGUAGAAUUAGGAUAGUCCUAGGAGACUUUAAUACCAAGUUAGGGAAGGAGAACAUAUUUAGAUCAACGAUUGGUAACCACAGCCUUCACGAUAUAACUAGUGAAAAUGGACUCAGACUUAUAGACUUUACAUGUGGUGGGGGACUUAUUGUGAAGAGCACAAUGUUUCCACAUAAAGAUAUCUAUAAAGGUACAUGGAAGGCACCGAGUGGAAGAUAUGUCAGUCAGAUUGACCAUGUCCUGAUUAAUACUAGGUUCAGAAAUUGUAUGCAUGAUAUUAAAACAGUCAGAGGAGCUGACUGCGACUCAGACCACUACCUAGUUAGAGGAAAACUGAAGGUGAAACUCAAGAAACUGACAUCUAAAAAAGGAACGUUAGUGGACAAAUAUGACGUGAAUAAGCUAAAAGAUACUAAUAUAUGUAGAAAUUUCAAGCAAAAAUUACAUGAAACAAUGAACAGUUUAAACAUAAAUCAAGAAGAGACAAUUGAUGCUAAAUGGAAAGCGGUUAAGGAUGCUAUAAAAACGACCACAGUCACAGUAAUAGGCAAACAAAACAGGACAAGGAAACCGUGGUUCAAAAACUCCUGCAAGGAAGCAUUUAAUAGAAGGAAAGAAGCCAGGACCCAAAUGCUCAACAAUCCCUAUAAUAGAGAGAAAGUGAUGGCAUACAAAGAAUGUCAAAAGAAAGCAAAUAAUAUAUUUAGAUAUGAAAAACGGAAAUAUACAAUAGAUGUAUUAGAGGAAGCUGAAAUUGAUCACAAAGUAAAUAGAACUCGACAAUUAUACCAGAAGAUAAAUUCAAUUAGAGGAGGGUACAAAAAACAUGAAAAGUUUCUUAAAAAUGACGAUGGAACCCUUGUGACAGAACAAGACAAGGUAUUGGAAAAAUGGAGACAUUAUUUUGGUUUAUUACUUAAUUGCGAAAACCCAGUCAAUACAUUUGCAUGGAUGCCAACGGAACCUAAUGAUACCGAUUGUCCGCCUCCAAGCAAAGAGGAAAUAUUACAACAACUUAAUAGGCUAAAAAACCACAAAACUCCUGGGGAAGACGGGAUCCAAGGAGAAGUACUAAAGAACCUAGAUGACGGAACAAUAAAUAGAAUUCAUAGUAUUAUAGAGAGUAUCUGGCAUGAAGAAAGACUUCCGGAGGAUUGGAGCACCGCAUUAGUGUGUCCUAUUCACAAAAAAAAAUGA